UUUACUGUGAAGGGGCUGGCAGGAAAUGAGCAGCUUCUUCUCUGCUGAACAUUAAAGAUGGCGGCGGACGGUUUGCGGUGUUUCCUGCCGUAGCCGCGUUAGGAUAGCUCGGUUGUGACGUCAUGAACGGCUCGGUACCGGAUGCCUCGUGUGAACCGGACCUUCGUGUUUGUGCUGCUGCUCGCCAGCAGCUGCGCGUUCCUGCUGUUCCAGCUCUACUACUACCGGAACUACGUCAGCAAGGAACCGGGCCUCCACCUGCUGGACUCCGCAGGUCAUGUGACAUCCAGCCAGGUCCAAUGGCAGAACCUGAAGAAGUUCUUGGCGCUGGCCCAGUUCUUUCGGCUGCCGCUGUUCCUGGCCGACAGCGCCGCGCUCGCUCUGCUUUCCCAGGAUGCUUUGCGGCAGCGGGACCGGGUGAGGCGCGAGCCGCAUUGCAGCUUCCUGUGCACCGGCCGGCCAAUCACGUCCUUCGCUCUGCCGGCCAGCCAAUGGCAGCUCAGCCCUGGCUUCCUAUUGGCUGCUGAGCAGAAGGGCUUCCAGCUGCUGGAGGUGAGAGGUCGCGACCCCCGAUUGGCCAGCCUGGACACCCUGUCAGGAGAAGAGAUCCCGCUGCACUUCCUGUUCCGUCUCCACGGUUACAUCAUACAUGUGGUGCUGCUGUACGAGCGCAGCGGGGGCUACCUGUGGCACGGCGUCCUGCGUCUCAAGGCCGCCGCCGACCCGACCUUUGCCCCCUUUAGGCUGCUGGACUACGGGCGCCAUGCCGGGGCCUACGAUAGGCCGGAGCUGCUGCUGACUGUCGUGGACGGCCUGGACGUUCGCGUCCCGCGCAACAUUUCCCGCUUCCUGGUGCAGCGGCAGGAGGCCCGGUUCCUGGAGUGCCGUUACCAUGAUGCCCGCAGCUUCCUGCAGCUCUACCCAGACGACUCAUCCACGGCGGCGGUGGAGUUCCGGAGGAAAGCGAAGGCGCUGCUGAGGCUAGCGGCGCAGACCCUGGACCGGCUGGACGUCCCGUUCUGGAUCAGCAGCGGCACCUGUCUAGGGUGGUUCCGGCAGUGCGGCGUCAUCUCCUACAGUCGGGACGUUGACAUCGGGAUCUUCAUCUCUGACUUCCGGCCCCAAAUCACGGCGGCGUUCCGAAAUGUCGGAAUGUCGCUCAAACACCAGUUCGGAAAGGUGGAGGACAGUCUGGAGCUGUCCUUCCUGGGCGAGGACGUCAAACUGGACAUUUUCUUCUUCUACAGAGACGGAGACGUCGUGUGGAACGGAGGAACGCAGGCGAAGAGCGGCAGGAAGUUCAAGUACAUCUUCCCUUCAUUCUCCCUGUGCUGGGCGGAGCUCCUAGAGGUCAAAGUUCGUGUUCCAUGUGAAACGCUGGACUACGUGAUGGCGAACUACGGCGCCACCUGGAGCGUCCCUGUGAAGAGCUGGGACUGGAAGUCGUCGCCUAGCAACGUCAUAGAAAAUGGGGUGUGGCCUGUAGCGGAGUGGGCGGGGCUUAUCCAGGUGUACUGAGCAGCUGCUACUUUUUUACAUCCUGUCUGUCAAACAGGUUUAAUAAAACUCUGUUGGGGAA